GAGACGAAGACGAAGACGAAGACGGAGACAAGAGGUUUGAGGUCGCACACCCGCCGGAAUUGAGGUAUAUACUAUGUGCACACCCAACCCAAGUGGCAAGUGCAGGCUGCGGUUGCGGUUGCAGUUGCGAUUGCGGUUGCGGUUGCAGUUGCGGUUGCGGUUGCAGUUGCAGCGGCAUAAUCGUUGCUCACCAACUUGAGACGAAAAGGCUACAGGCUGAUUGCUGCUCAACCCCACGUCUCUGCAAUGGGCUGUCGACGAGAUGGCAACUUUAUUUCGCGGCAGGAUGCGUGUCCUCCACAUUUUCUGCGCCGCCCCGAGAGCCACGCACACGUGUAACGGUGGCACCCUUGCAGAUUCAACGGCCCCGAUUGCGCCAUGUCUGAUACGCCCAUCACGCCGGCCUCGACGGCCACAACCCCGGCUUUUGUCGCGGGGACGGCGACGUCGCUGCUGGCGCUGACGACGCCGUUUGCGCGGCCGCCGUCGUGCGGCGAAAUAUUCAGCACGUCGAGCAUCGUCUCGAGCUACUGGUGGGACGACUACUCCCUCACCACGGUGCAGGUCUUGGCAUCCGACGCCGCAGACCCGCGCUUCGCCUCGUGCCAGCCGCCGGGAUGGGGCGCCGUCGUCUCGGCGAGCCGCUUCUCCUUCAGCCCGGCCGUCUGCCCCACCGGUUGGACUGCCUACAGUGUCAAGGCGCUGGCCGCCCAGUCGACGACGGCGUACUGCUGCGACCGUGACUACCACCUGGAGUGGCCCGUCUCGGACCUGUCCAUCAGCGGCAUCGCCAGCCCAGCGUGCUUUGUGAACCUCGGCACGACGCUGCUGCCAUCCUCCUCGUCGUCGGUGCUCUUUCCCAACGGCAUCCAGGUGCACAACGCCUGGCACAUAGCCUGGGCGGCAUCCGAGACGUCGACACUGUCACCGACGCCGCCCCAGCUCGCCUGUGGUCGCACCCUGGCAACCUGGGUGCCCGGCGAAAUCGUCCCGCCUUCCAAUGUCAGCAGCGCCGGCGUCUGCCAGGACGACUCCAGCAACAGCGGGGUGGCGAUUGGCCGGUCCUUGUAUCUAUUCCUUGUCGUUGGGCUGCCGCUCAUCUUUGUCGCCAUCUUUGCCUCGUGCUGCGUGCUGUGCUUUUGCCGGCGGCGGCGCGGGGUGCGCGGGGUGCGCGGGCGACCACACAAGCUGCCGGGCAAUUAGGCAUGGGUGACGAUGCAGCCGCCUGCGCGUGUUUGUGUGUUCGUUGGUGGCUGUAAUUGUGCUGGGGGUGGGGGUUUAGCAGGACCGCUGGCAGGACCGCAAUUAGGUCAUCUAAUGUUUUCAAAGUGGCAGUCAAGGAGUGACAGUCAAGGUGUGGUCUGUGUGUGUAUUAGACGGUUUUGGUCGAGGUUUGAGAAGCUGCGCAGCAACAGGAAUGUCGAGACAGUGGCGGCCAACCGGGGCAGGGAUGGGAACGCCGGAUGUGGAAGGGAGGGAGAAUGGGUUUGGCUCAGCGAUGAAACCUUUGAAGGCGCGGCUGGGACGGCCGAAGUGUAACUAUUAUCAACACAGCGGUUAAUUACACCUGGUG